AUGCCUACUUGGGGGGCUGGCUCCCCGUCCCCUGACCGUUUUGCGGUGUCUGCGGAGGCCGAGGACAAGGUGCGGGAACAGCAACCCCACGUGGAGCGCAUCUUCAGGGUGGGGAUGAGCGUCCUCCCGAAGGACUGUCCUGAGAACCCUCACAUCUGGCUGCAGCUGGAGGGCCCCAAGGAGAACGCCAGCAGAGCCAAGGAGUACCUGAAGGGUCUCUGCAGCCCAGAGCUACAGAAUGAAAUUCACUACCCACCCAAACUGCACUGCAUCUUUCUGGGAGCCCAGGGCUUCUUCCUUGAUUGCCUGACUUGGAGCACAUCAGCCCACCUGGUGCCGGGGGUGCCCGGCUCGCUGAUGGUCAGCGGCCUGACCGAGGCCUUUGUCAUGGUCCAGAGUCGAGUGGAGGAGCUGGUGGAGCGCCUGAGCUGGGACUUUCGGCUGGGGCCAUCCCCUGGAGCCUCUCAGUGUGCUGGAGUGCUGAGAGAAUUCUCUUUUCUGCUGCAGUCCCGGGGGGAUGCCCACACAGAGGCCCUGCUGCAGCUGCCCCUUGCUGUCCAGGAAGAACUGCUGAGCCUGGUGCAAGAGGCAUCCAGGGGGCAGGGGCCCCAAGCAUUCCCGUCCUGGGAGUGGGGGAGCCCAGGUCUGCUGGGUGCUCAGCACCAGGGAGUCAGGAGUCCCCUGAGUGACAGCAGGGAGUCUCUGGACACAGGACCUGCAGGGUGGCAAGAGUCAAGGGGAGAGAGACGUGCUAUGGAGAAGGAGGGGACAAAGCACGGUGGUCCCGGGGAGAUGGAUUUGGGGUGGAAGGAGUGGCCCAGGGAAGAGGCCUGGGAGAGACAAGUGGCCUUCAGGCCACAGUCAGGAGGAGGAGAGGCAGGGCAGGCAGUGCCUCUGAAAGGGAAGGCCCUGGGGAAGGAGGGGGUGCCUCAGGAAGGAGGAAGGUUCUGGGUCCAGGGCGAGCCUCCUGGCACCCAGGGCCCCUGUCAGAAGGCAGCUCAGCCCCGGGGAGCCUCCCUCCUGCAGCGGCUUCAUAAUGGGGAAGCCUCACCUCCAAGAGUGCCCAGCCCCCCACCAGCGCCUGAACCCCCGUGGCACUGUGGAGAUCGAGGGGACAGAGGAGACAGGGCAGACAAGCAGCAGGUCGUGGCUCGAGGUCGGGGGUCUCCGUGGAAACGAGGCACCCGGGGGGGUAAUUUGGUGACUGGCACGCAGCGUUUCCAGGAGGCCCUCCAGGACCCUUUCACCCUGUGCCUUGCCAACGUGCCAGGCAAGCCAGACCUGCGCCAUAUUGUCAUCGAUGGCAGCAACGUGGCCAUGGUGCACGGCCUCCAGCACUACUUCUCCAGCCGGGGCAUUGCCAUUGCUGUGCAGUACUUCUGGGACCGUGGCCACCGCGACAUAACUGUCUUUGUGCCUCAGUGGCGUUUCAGUAGGGACUCCAAAGUCAGAGAGGGUCACUUCCUGCACAAGCUGUAUUCCCUCAGCCUGCUCUCCCUCACUCCCUCCCGGGUCUUGGAUGGCAAGAGGAUCUCUUCCUAUGACGACAGGUUCAUGGUGAAGCUGGCUGAAGAGACCGAUGGGAUCAUUGUCUCCAAUGACCAGUUCCGGGACCUGGCAGAGGAGUCUGAGAAGUGGAUGGCAAUCAUUAGAGAGCGCCUGCUGCCCUUCACCUUCGUGGGAAACCUCUUCAUGGUGCCUGAUGACCCAUUGGGGCGAAAUGGCCCUACACUGGAUGAGUUCCUGAAGAAGCCGGUCAGGGCACAGGGGUCUUCUAAGGCUAAGCAUUCUGCCAAGGGCUUCACAGAACACAGUAAUCAGCAGCAGGGGAGAAAAGAAGAGGAAAAAGGCAGUGGUGGCAUUCGGAAGACGCGGGAGACAGAGCGGCUCCGGCGCCAACUACUGGAGGUGUUUUGGGGCCAGGAUCACAAGGUGGACUUCAUCCUGCAGCGGGAGCCAUACUGCCGGGACAUCAACCAGCUCUCCGAGGCCCUGCUCAGUCUCAACUUUUGAGCCUCACCUGUCUUGGUGACUGCCACCCCGUCAGCUCCAGCCUCAUCCAGCUCAGCUCAUUCUGUGAGGGUCCCUCUGCUGCUCAGACCCUGACCCAGUCUCACCCUGAGUUGGUGCUUUGUGUCAGGGAAGCACCAAGGAAGCGCAUUCGUGUGUGGGGAAUGCUCUUGCCUGGGGCACUUUGGGGACAGGUCUGUAAGGUGACCUGAUCUCAUCUUGAGUCAGGGCCUCAACCAGCUCUCAGGAGGUUCUGCUCAGCCUUAACUUCUUAACCUUGCCUUAUGCAGGGUUUCUGUAGGGAAUGGGGGCUACUGGGAAGGGUGGGUCACGGAGAUGGGGACUGUCGGCCCCUCCUCCACACUGAGCUGGGGAUGGAGGCUAGGGUGGGUGAGAGGGGAAUGUAGAACAGGUGGCCAGGAAGCUAAGCCUUUCCUCCUCCUGGCUGCUGCUCUGAUGGCCAGAGGACAGGACGAGUCCCAGGCCUGGCUGGGCUCCUGGGCGCAUCAAAGGGAAUGCUGGGCCCUGGAAAGGCUAGUGUUAUGGGCUCUGGGUCACAGUGGGGCAGCAGGGAUCUGGUGGAGAAGGCAGAGGGAGAGUUGGCUUCUGGUCUCAGCUAUGCCUGCCUGUGACCUUGAUUGAUCUUGGUCUUUACUUCCGCCUACAAGUCAGGGGUAAAAAUGCCUGUUGGGAAGAGAGAUGAGAACGUGGAGGAAAGCUCCUUGGAGGAAAGGUACUCGGACCAAGCCUCAGGUGUGUCUGUCUGUGGUUGCACAGGCUUCCUAACCAAAACCUCACUUUCAGAGAGCUGAGGGUCCUCUGUCCCCAGGACCUGUGCCCUAGAUUUUUUACACUGCAUCAGUAUAAUGUGCCCUAUAAUGGCUGCGUCCCUUUUGGGCAACCCCCCCCCCCAAAUCCACAUUUACAAAACGGUUAAUUAGGGGUGACUGUUUGCAUUACCAGAAAACUCUCAGGGUUCCUUCCUAUCAAUGGCAGCUCUCCUGUUGCAUUCAGGUGUUUGUUUACAGUUGAACGAACGUGUCAGAAAGUCCGCAGUCCCCGGUUAAUGCACUUGCUCGAGCGUUGAGCAGUCACCAAACCAAUGAAGCCAUGUUCUGCGAGGAAAACGUUCAUGUGACCUGACCCUAGCAUCUUCUUUACAGAACAUAUAUGUUGCAUAAAGCGAGACCCACUUCUG